AUGAGUCAGUACACCGAAUACAACCUCACGGACCCGGUCGUCCAUCCACUGGAUAAAUGCCAGAAAUGUCAUUCGGGCAUGGGACCUAUCCGUGUUUUCGUUGGCACGGGAGAAAGAUUUGCGGACCGAGGCAGGAUUUGCCAAUCGUGCUCGGACGUUAAGAACUGUCAUUAUACAGCCUUUUUGACUGAGCAAGCCUACAACUUUGAAGAUGCUGAACUCCUAGCCAGCCGACUGACUCUGCAGAGGACAUACCCGGGGUAUAGUGCACAAGAACUGCGCAGGGACCAGAUUCUUCGUCCUGCAAUUCCUCCCCCAGCUCUUCCCCCAAUUUCUCCUGGACAGAUUGACUGCGCGAAUUUGGAUUGCUCCUCGAAGACCGGAAACCGCACCCGAGGACAUCGACAGUGCAUUGAGCGCUUCUGUAAAGGUUGCUGCGAGACCGCGCGUGCCAAAGCAGAAUCGACAGGCGGCCGUCGUGCGCACUGUAUUGCGCACAAGGUGCCAUCAUGCGACAUCUCCCGAGAGAUGGUGUCUCUUUCCCAGGAGAAUUCCGCCGUCCGCCCGCAUGCUUUACAAAACAGCUCUGCUGCACACAUCUCAGGGCCGGCUCGUUCUUUGGCAAAUACUGCUAGUAGACCGUUUGAACAUAUACCAGCUACAUCAUCUACCUGCCCAUCGGUGGCUACACGUGGCCCUCUCGCAAGCCUGAGUGCUGCAAAUUCUGUUCGCGUUCCAGCAGAAGUACCUGCAGGACGGUCGGCCACUGCUGUGCUACAGCACCCAGGGAGUGUUCAUGACGCUUUCGCGCCUUCUCAGCGAGCGCCGGGCCGCCGCUUAGCACGGCCAAUGUCUUCCCUUUGGGAGAACAAGUACUCGCAGGCCAAGACUCAGCGUCAGGAGGUGAAAACUAACAAAGCACGUAACGAAGAGAUGUCCAGCGCUCUGAAGAAGACGGUUACAUUUGUGAUCUGGUUUGAGAAUGGGGUAGAUCCAGUGCGGCUCCAGCACCAUGUGGACACGUACCCGCAACUCAUGCUCGAGUCCCUUGGUUCCGUGUUUAUUGAGCCAUUCCAGCUUUCUCCGACAUCAUUACUUGACAAGUAUGACACCCUGAAGAAGUUAUGGUCAACUAUCACGAUUCGCACUGUCAUUGUAGUCGACACUCAGCAGCCAACCCUGCUUCGGCUGCGACCAGACAUUUGGACACCAUUAAAAGACUGUCCCCAGCUUAUAGAAGAGAUUGAAGACCAGGUACGGAAGCUGAGUGGGACGAAGCGUAGUGCACACACGCUUGUGUCACCGCCGAAGAAAACUAUCCGAACCGCCGACUCGAGUUCUGCCAGGGAUCUUACUCAUCCCUGUCCCGACGUCAUCUCGCUUUCCUCAUCUGAUUCUGAAACACCACAUGACCAGUCCUCCCCACUGCCCCGUACCAAAGCAAAGAGCAGCCGGAAGACAGCGAAGCUACCAACUCAUCAUGCUCAACCUCCGCCAUUUCCUUUAGACCGGAAGGGCGACGCUCUUGAGGCAGAACACCGCUCUUGGCCAAACGAUUUCUAUGUUGUCGAAAUUCGAGAUGGACUUAAGAAGAUGGAGAAGAUGAAGGCGCAACAAGCCAUCGACUAUAUCCACUCCUUUGCUGAGGUCUUUGGUGUUCCUAUGAAGAAAACAUCGUACAACAAAUACAAGAGUCUAUGGAACGGAAACGACAUCCCGACAAAGUUACGAGAGCGCUUUGUCAAAUACGGAGAACAGAAAGCUGGUCUCUGGAAGAAUCUACUAAAGGCACUGAAGACUUAUAAAAGUGAAGACGAAGGCGAAGUAUCGGAUUUGUUUACGGACCAUAGUUCCACCGCCCAUCAGGACAAGGGCAAGCAGCGCGAGGUAUCCCCUGUUUCUGCUCCAGACGAUAUACUGGCUACUGGAGAUGCAGCGGAUAUAUCUGCUCCUGUCAUGGGAGACUCUUCAGACUCAGAUGAUGAUGUCGUUACACCGCGCUGUCCAUACUGCGAUGAGAAGAUACCGUUUGCACCCACCCAGAGGAUGAUCCAAAUGGACAACGCAUUGCGGAAGAUAACGUACCUCAAUCCCUCUCCAAAGAAUCCCCAUCACCGCACUGCGGAGUCUUUCCGUGUGUACUUUUCAUACUGUGAGCUACAUCGCUGGGCCCGAGAGGAGUUACCAAAGGCGCAAGCGGAUGGUUGGCCAAUCGAGCCCGACUUUGCGAGUCUGUGGAAUCGGAUUUGGGACCUGCAGGCCGACCUUUUGCAAAUUGCGGCUAAUCCAAAAAAGAAUGAAUUUUUCAUAAAGACGCGGGAGCUUUAUACUCCUGGGUUGAGUAGCCGAAAGGUGGAAUCUCUGGGUGCGCAGUAUAAACGCUUUGAGGGCAAGAGUGCGGGAUAUUACGGCGGUACAGGUUGGGUCAUUCUUGAGCUCAUCCUCAAGCAUCUCAUUCCCGAUGGUCAGAUAGACCUCACCCGGGCCAAGCCAUUAUCCUAUAAUGCGCUAGUAUCGGAAGUUCUUCUCCCAGAAACCACGGUUCGCCUGAUACAAGAGGAUCUGUCCCUUCAGCGUGCUGAUGCUAUUGAUGUCUUUCAUGACAGUUCACGUUUCGGCAGUGUUGCACAUCCAGGGACAGGCGAAGAUCCACACAUUGACAACAUUCAAAUGAUGCUAUCGAGUAUCAUGGCUCUAGUCUCGUCCGACCUCGAAGAGUACCAGAAUUCUCAGUCCGCAUUGGGAUUUGAAGACUGGAUUGGACUUCGCGCUGAUGUACGCUUCGGACGCUCAUCCACUGACAACGGCACGCAGGCCAGCACUGCCGAAUCAAGUGGCCUUGCCCCAGUGGAUGACUCCAAGCACAGCGGCAGUCCGAGUCAGACCGCUGUGCAGUCUCCGGAUGCAGACUCCAGACAUCAUGGUGGCCGAGUCAGUGGUCCUGCCCCAGCGCCAAACGUGAAGAUAGAAGAUGAUGAGAUUGACUUGAUGUCCGGAAGCUUGGACCUACCUGCAGUAGCAGGGGCCAUAGAUGGAUUCCACAUCGUUCAAGGUGGGGAUCGUGUAACGUACGAAAUCGAUGAUUAG